AUCUUUCCGCUCACCUCCGGACUCUUACGCAACAAAUUAUACCACGGAUAACCCUCCCUUUUCUUCAUCAUUUCAGCUUUCCCAAACCCUUCUUUCUUUCUUCCCCUUUAAAUUGAAGGUUAUAUACAGUUACCAGAUUGUUUUUGUUAUCUAGAAACUCAAAAGCUCCUUUUGAUUUCCUUGUGGCGCCAAACCCAAAUAGCCUUUUCUGUAUCUCAAAAACCAAACCAGUUCAUUUCAGCAGCUAGAAAAAGUUUCCAACUUUUGUUUCUUUGGACUCAUUUGAACCUAAACCCAGAUAGCAUUUGCUGUCUAACUAAACCCUAAGCGCGGUAAAAUUUGCUCCUUAUUGCUAUUCAAUUUGCUUUCUUCACAGCUGCAUGAGUUUAGAAAAACUCAAAAGUGGGUAUUGGUGCUUCAAUUUCUGGAGCAAUAACAAGUUAAAUAAGCAACAGCUGAAGCUAGCAUGGCAAUUUUCGCGGUUACAAAUUCUCAGCUCUCUUUCAAUUUGUUUAACUUCUCUGUUUCUAGGAGAGAAGCCUUUAUAUCUAGACAAGCUGCUUCUGGAAUUCGCCAUCGCUUCUCUUCUAGCCGAUGGUUGAGUCUCAACUCCCCUCCUACUAAUACUCAUAGUCGUAGUUUUGACAGCUUUAAAUUGAGAUGUUCAAUAACAAAUACUGAUGUGCAUUUCAACCAAGUGGCUACUGAGGAUGAGGAUUUAUCAGCAACAGAUAGUACAACACCAAUACUUCAGCUUAAAUCUGAUGUUCUUGAGACUGAAUCUUUGAAUAUACUAACUGGGGAUACUUAUGUAGAUAAUCUCUUAACAACUCUCCCAGUAUUAUCAGAGGAGGAACAGGAAGCUCUCGCUGCAACUCCAGCGCACCCAGAGGGAUUAUAUGCAUUUUAUGCAAGUUGCUUGGCUGGGAAUUUAGUGGAACAGCUUUGGAAUUUUGCUUGGCCUUCUGCUAUUGCAUUGCUUCAUCCAAGCCUUCUACCAGUGGCUGUCAUGGGAUUCUUCACUAAGCUUGUUAUUAUCAUUGGAGGCCCUUUGGUUGGUAAACUUAUGGAUCAUUCUCCUAGAGUACCUUCAUAUAUCUUUUUGAAUGCUGUUCAGGCCUCUGCUCAGUUGUUGUCAGUGGCAAUGAUAAUUCAUGCUCAUUCAGUUUCUUCUGCUUCUGCCUCGUCAAGUCUUCUACAUCCUUGGUUUGCUGUGCUAGUGAUAGCAGGGGCUAUUGAGAAGCUAUCUGGAGUGGCACUGGGGGUUGCUAUGGAGCGUGACUGGGUUGUGCUGUUAGCUGGAACAAAUAGACCAACCGCACUGGCACAAGCAAAUGCUGUUCUCAAUCGAAUUGACCUGCUUUGUGAGAUAGCUGGGACUUCAUUAUUUGGAGUUCUUCUCUCUAGAUAUGAUCCAGUAACAUGCUUAAAGUUUGCUGCUGGUUUGAUGAUGUCGUCAUUACCUGUUAUGAUUGGUCUGACAUGGUUAACAAACAAACUUUCUGCUGGAGUCCUUGACCGUGCUAAAUGUUCACAAUCCUGUUGCAGAACGUCUGCUGAGGGGCCUCUUCCAGAUGCUGAUAACCUUGUUGAUACUGGUUUGAAAGCCAUCAAGCUUGGAUGGAGAGAGUACAUACAGCAGCCAGUCCUUCCUGCAAGCCUAGCAUAUGUACUCCUCUACUUCAAUGUUGUUCUCACUCCUGGAAGUUUAUUGACAGCAUUUUUAACUCAACGUGGUUUAAAUCCAUCUAUCAUUGGGGGGUUUAGUGGAUUAUGUGCUUUCAUGGGUGUUGCAGCAACCUUCAUAUCUGCAACUUUGGUUAGGAGAUUUGGAAUUUUAAAGGCUGGAGCAGUUGGAUUAAUUUUUCAGGCUUCGCUUCUCACCAUUGCUGUUGCCAUUUAUCAGAGUGGACCACUUGCCCAGAGGAGCCCCCUUCUUUUCUUCUUAUGUUUGAUUGUAUUAUCAAGGUUGGGACAUAUGUCAUAUGAUAUUGUUGGGGCCCAGAUACUGCAAACAGGAAUCCCAUCAUCCAAAGCAAAUCUAAUUGGAACAACAGAGAUUUCUGUUGCUAGUUUAGCGGAGUCUCUAAUGUUGGGAAUUGCAAUAAUUGCAAAUGAUGUUUCCCAUUUUGGAUUUCUAGCAUUGCUGUCGUUGUUAUCAGUAGUAGGAGCUUCAUGGAUAUUCUGCCGAUGGUUGUUGAAUCCUACAGAGGAACAAAGAAGCCUUUUCUCUUUUGAUCCACAGUCUUAGUUAGAUUGCAAGUACAUAAAGUUUCCAUUGUAUAUUUGUGUAUGUUCCCCAGGAUUACGUAUCUAUUCAAUUGGUUUAGCUAGGGGUGAGCAUUCGAUCGGAUCGAAUCGAAAAUUUUCGAGUUAAUCGAGUUUUUGAAUCUCAUUUUAUCA